AUGCUUGAUUUGAAUGAAGCAUUGAUUCAAUACCGGGAGCGGUUACGUAGAUUAUUGUAUGACAAGAACUGUUACUGUGAAAGAGAGGGACAUGAAGUUCACCGGUUGGCUCAGUUCAUAAUCAGCAGGUCGACCAAGACAUUAGGUGCAAGACUUGAAUGGUUUGGUUCAGUGGUGCGGGAGGAGUUUCUGCUCUACAGUAAGCUACUGGUUGAAGAAAGAAGUGCUGAGCGACAACCAUGGGAAGAUAUCGCCACAAAGCUUAGCAAUUACAACAUAAGGUUCCAUAGCAUCUGCGAUCACAUCAGGGAGAUCGAUAGAAGCAUCGGCUACAAGUUCAGCAAGUCGCUUGAGUUUUUACUAAAGCAUCUGAUGGUGCGGUCGCUAGUUGAAGAGAAACAAGAGCUAUUGGAAUGCUUCAAAUCAGCAUGCAAAUGUUACGUGUUCAACUCCGAGGAUUGCAGUUCUCAGAUAAGUCUCAUUUAUCGCUCUGUCAGAGAUUUUGCUGUAGCUAUUAACUUGAGUGGUGACCACGAGUCCACGUUCGACCAUCAGGCUUUGGAGAGCUUUACAAAUGCGGCUCUUGAGUGUUUUAAGGAGUAUCUACUUUCAGAGCACCAUUUCUCCGAUAUCUACAAAGCUUGGAUCAGGGUUUCGGAAUUAAAUGAGUCAAUCGGCUAUCAUGAUGGCCAUCUUUCUGGUAUUAAAUUGCUCUUCGAUGAGAACGCUUGUCAUCUAAUGAAGAGUUUGGAAGGGAUAUUGCUCAGCAAUGAUGAUUUAGAUGCUUUACUCUCCCUAAGGAAAGAUGAAGAGUGGUUCCUGGAGCUCCAAGGUGCGUACGUCAAAUACAGAGAAGUGAAGUUCUCUGACGACUUCGAGCGACUGCUUCGCUCGAUAUUGCUCCUGAAUUACGCUGACCAUUGCAUUGAUGUGCCUAGACUUCGAAACGAAUUCAUUAACGGCGUGAAAGACGUGCCAAGGUUUCAUACUACAUUGAUCAAUUUCCUGGAUAUUUCUUUCAAAAGAAACUACAAUAUAAUCAGGAAAACUGUUGAAGAGAAGCCAAACGACGCCCAGCUUCUCUGGGCGUUGGCGGCUUCAAUGCUUGUCGAAAGGUACACUCCGAAUCCUCAAGCGUUUUUGCAAAGAUAUCUCAAAGAGAGCUUAGUUCCUCAACUUCUGAUGCUUCAUGCAAAAUUCCCUAGGUAUUAUAACCACAAGAAUUGCUUGCAACGUCUCUGGAUCGAAACACUACGGGAAAGGAGUUUGAUGGAGGUUGAGCCGUACUUUUCGGUGAUUGAUGAGGUCCUUAGAUCAGUUAAGCCCGAUCAAACGGUACAUGGCUCUCAUGUCAAGUUGGCUAGGCUUUACAUAUCGGAAAGCGUGCGCUCAAGGGUAUUUGCCGAUCACAAAUGCGACGAUACUCCAAUCUGGCCCUCACUCCGAUUGAAGAAUCAGUGGGAUGAAGAAGUUCAACGAUUCGCCAAGGAGAAGAAAAGUUUGAAAGGUCUAUUCAGUCUACACACAAUUACCAUGAAAUCCCCGUUUCGCCUGCCGAGCGGUCAGUGCCUAAACAUUCUGACCAAUCUUACUACGGCAAGCAUCAUCAGCCUGUUUAACAAUUUCGAAAGUCUCAACGCCAGCGACAUAUGUAGGCUGCUGAAUACCGAUCAAACGGCAGACGUUGUCAACAGUCUUGAAAAGCUUGAGCAAUGCGGUAUUGUGAAGCAAGAGACGGCCAAGAUUUACACGAUAAACGAGCAAUAUAAAGCUCCGGCUCUAGCGGCUAAAUCUGGAGUAAUAAGAUGCAUAUGA